AUGACACGACCGGUCUUAUCUCGGGUGGUCUUGGCUGCCAGCCCCCUCCUCACAUCAGAGAUCAGCAGCAUCCCAAACGUCAAAAUGAACGCAGCAGCAUUCCCUUCCCCCACCUCAGAGAUGGCUGAGAUAAACCGCAUUCAGUACGAGCUGGACUACACUCAGGGCAUCAGCCAAAGUAUGCGUGUCCCAGACAUGUUGAAAGUGGCACCUCAAGCCCACGAUGGCCCUUUUACGCUGGGACUUCAGGACCUCCACCCCAGUGCUGUCAUGAACGUCCCAGAUAGGAUUGUGGUGACUGGAGAUAACAGUAAAUCAUCAUUUCCUGGGACCAGAGACCUGGACCUGAUCCAGCCCUCACCGUUUGACGCCCUGUCACUAAAGACUCCCCCUAGAGUGCUGACGCUGAGUGAGCAACCCCUGGACUUCCUCGAGGAUGAACAGCAGGCAGCACCAGACAACGAAGACGCGAUUCGUCCCCAGGGAAGACUGAGACGAGAACGAUCAGCCAGUGAAAACAUGUCCUUGCGUCCCAGUGGUCUAACACACAAUGACUCUGCCUCAGCCUCCUCUUCCUCAGCUACUACUGACCCUUCUAAUCCCCCACUAACCAUGGAUGACCAAGAGCACAACCUGUACAGCGCUACUGGUGUUCUCACUUUCAUCCAGUCCACUACACGCCGGGCCUACCAGCAGGUCCUGGAGGUCCUGGAUGAAAGUCCUAACAGCAAAGCACCGUCUCUGCCCGGGGGUUCUGCUUCCGGAGCCAACCCCCGGCAUAACGCCAGGCUUUCGAUGUCCACUUAUGAAGCCUCGUUUGAUGCUGGUGCAGAGGACUUGACCAUGGUGGAUGCAGCAACGCUACGCAGACAGCUCAUCAAGUUAAACCGGAGGCUGCAGCUGUUAGAGGAGGAGAACAAGGAGAGAGUGAAGCGAGAGAUGGUGCUGUACUCCAUCACCGUGGCCUUCUGGCUCGUCAACACCUGGGUUUGGCUACGGCGCUAA